CGUCGGCGGGGCUGGUGCGGGGUUGGCGGGGGAGCCACCGGGCAAGGCCGGAGAGGCUCUGCCUACGUUCGGAGGAGCUGAACCCUGUGCGGCACGCUCAGGACUUUCAUAACGGAGGGUGUUCUGCAGAGAAAAAGUUCUUUGAGUUCCAUUUGUCCAGGGCUGGUUUCCUCUCUGCUGUCACCAUGGCAAUGUCACUUAGAACUGCAUGGCCCAGCCUCCUUUGGAUGCGUUCAGCAGCAACCUGUAAGCAGGUCCCACUGCAGAAUGGAGCUGUGUAUCAUGCUUGCCAUAAAUCUACAUACUCAGUUCUCCCUGAAGACUACAAUUGCAAAGUGGAACUUGCAGUGACAUCUGAUUUGAAGACAAUUGUCUGCUACCACCCUUCACUUGAGAUUCCAUACGAGCAUACAAAACCCAUAACACGGCCAGAUCCAGUGAAUAAUAAAGAAGAAAACCUUGAUCAAGUUUUAAAAUCCAGAUUGAAUGAAAAAGAGCUAAAGAACAGUAGAGGUCCUACAAUUGAAGAGCUCAGCAAAAUGUUUUACACAACUAAACAUCGCUGGUAUCCUGUGGGACAGUAUCAUAGAAGACGCAAGAAUCCUAAUCCUCCCAAAGACCGAUAACCAAAAUAACUUCUUGUUCAUCAGGACUUGGCUAUUAAUUUUGAUUGGAAAUAAAAGUUACAGAAGGUGACAUGUUUGGCUGUAACAGAACAUGCCUAACUUGAUUUGACUGUUAUUUUCUACUAAAAGCAGCAAAAUGGCACUGACAAAACAGGGAGUCAAUAAAGGCAGUUGUGCAUUCCUGGUCAGCAAAUGGACUAGUCUUAGAUCAGGAUGUAACAGGGAUGGAGUGCUCUGAUUAAAUUCAAGAUGUCAGAGGCUUAUCAUUGGUCAAGUGAAUCCAUACAAGUCUUGUGUCAAAAUGGGAAGUCUAGAAAUGAAUGUUUUAGGGUUUGGUGGUUUUGAGUGGGAUAGUAUUUUUUUUUCUUUUAGGAAUCUAGUAAGGUGAGCUUGAACAUUGAAGUAUUAAUGAAAUAGUUUUUAUUAAAAAUAUUAUGUGAGGUAUUUGUGAAAACAAUCUGGUUUUCUUCUUCUGUUACACUUGUGAGAUACUGGCUCCAUGUUUAAUUCUACAUCACCCAACUGACUGUAGUUAAGCCUGUUGUUGUGUAUGGAAAACUGGCCAACUUGGUUAAUUUUUAGCAUCCAAGACACAGUAACUUGCUCUUCUAAAUCAUCCCCCAUUCUCAGAUAUCUACGAACUUCUGUGUGCAUUUGUGGUUCAUGGGGGUUUUUUGUAUGUUUAAUCCCACCCAAUCUACCACUCAGUGAGGAUGCUGUGUUCAUACAUAAGCUGGAAUAGCUGUAUCAGAGUAGGAGUUUGGUCUGAUUCUACUUCAUUGCUUUAUCAUUUUGUAGUGCUUAAAUAGUCUUCCUCCUGUAAUAUUCUAUGUCAUUUAGCUUUUUUUCCUUCAGGAAAAGGGAAAAAACCUUUGUUCCAGUCUACAGUUUUAGGCAUCAGCCCUCUAACAGAAACGGCUAGCUUGGAACAUUAUGCUGCUACAGGGAUGCCAGUGACUUCAUAAAGCCUUAUUAGUAGGUCCUUCUAAAUAAUCAGAAAAUAUUUGUCUUAUGUACAUCAUAUAUGUUUAUUGCAUUUCCCUUCCAAAGCAAUUUGGAUAACCUAGGAAGGGGUUUGUUUCUUCUGUUAGUCUAUGUCAUUUUGCCAGCAUGUGUUUUCUACAGAUUUUGCUGGAAGUUGAGUACCACUCGUCUUCUCAGUUGAGAUGUAGAGAAACUACAUCUCAACUGUUAAUUAGUUUCUAAAGAUACUACUGAAUAACCUUUUUUCCCCUGAACAUCCUUUAUUUGUGAAAAAAGCAAUGUUGGAUGUGAGUAGAAAGGCUGCCUUUAAAUAACUGUGGGAAUUUAUACAGAAAACUAGUGCCAGUGCAUUUUUAACUCCAAAUGCUGGGCAGCUGAUAAUGGUUUAUCAUGGCAGAGCAUGAAAUCCUUUUGCUCCUUCACUCUGUUGUGCUUAUAAGAUAUCAGAGUCUGUGCUCAAGCCAACAUGAGCCAAGUGAUUUUGGCUUCUUAUUAAUGGUGUGUUGCUCGCAUAAUAAGUCUGCUAUUGUGAAGUAAUGUCUGUGGGGUCUCUAUGGAGGAUGGCUGCUUAACUCUGUAAGUUCAAUUGCAUGAACAUAAUAGUGGCUUUUUCUUCCUGGAAUAUAACUUUUUAAAUAGAUUGUAGCAAUUUGUAGUACAACAAAUUUUGGUAUUUUCAUCACUUUAUGGUGCCUGGUGAGGACUCUGGUGUAUAAGUGAGCUUACAUCUCAUGCAGUGUUUUAUGUUCCAAUGCAUAAAAUUGAGUCCCUUUUAUUUUUGGAAAGCUGAGACCUAAUUUGUCACCAUUUGACUUCAGUGUAAGAAGAUAUAUCCUUGGACUAAUUUAAACUUAUUUUCCCCCAUUCUUUUUCCCAUAUUUUUGCUUACUGCUGCCUAAUACUUCUAAGAAAUCUUGCUUUACAGAGAAACCUUUACAGUCAUAACCUUCUGUUAUGACAUUUGUCUGUUCUUGCCUGUCAAACCCUGUUUGUGAUCAAACAUCCACAAUCACUGUAGAAAUACUGUCUUUCACAAUGUUUCCCAAACACUUUUGGAUGCUUUUCAGGCAUUUUGAGAGCUAAGAAUCUAGGAUGUGCUUGGCUGCUAUCUUUAAAGUACUUCCUCUUCUGACCAGUGGCUGGAAACUGUCUAAAACACAUGUUUACUACAUGUACCCUGUGCCCUUUUGUUACUUAUUCGUAACAUUGAUGUUCUAAAAUCUUUCCCUGCAUUGUGAUGCUGCUUUCAAUCUUACUGUGUUUUCUUUUACUAAAUCUUUUUCCUGGGUUACCCGAGGCAUGACACAAUUAAAAUACUACUCUCACAGUAAUCUGAAGCUCUCUUCUUGGUUUUCUAGGUCUCAAACAACUGGCUUUGUUUCUCUUCACUUGAAAACUUGGAAUUCAGAAUUCAUCCACUUGAUUAUUGUUCCACUUCUAUAAAAAAAAAAUUUUGAAAGUUAGUUUGGGAUUUCUGUUUUCCAUUGCCCUUGUUCUUUGUAAUUGAAAACUUAAGUUGCGUAAAAUUCGCAAUGUUAAGUCUGUUCUGGCACUUUGUAUCCCAGUUUGGGCACUUAGCCAUUUGUUUUGUAUCUAGUAGCUAUUGAGUUCCAGAGCAUCUUAGGCUUCUUGCUGUGGAUAGUAUACAGCUGGGUACAUCUUACUGAGGGAUUUUUGGUUUUCAAAUGUCUCUCUAAAAGUCUCCUCAGGCCUUGCUUGGCCUGCAUACCAUUAGAAAACUCUGUUUCAGUCAUGUGUCAAAAAUGUUGCCUUUAACUCACAGAAUCACAGAAUGGUUAGGUUUGGAAGGGACCUCAGGAGAUCAUAUAGUCCAUCAUUUCUGCUAAGGCAAGGUCACCUGCAUCAGGUGACAGGAACACAGCCAGGUGCAUUUGGAAUGUCUGCAGAGGAGAAAACUCCACAUCCUCCUUGGGCAGCCUGUUCCAGAGCUCCCGAACAGGAAUUUGGACCAUUUAAAUCGCAGUUCAAUUAAUCUGAGUGCCUCAGCGAAAAGAAUUCUUUCCUCUCUAAUUAUCCCCAGAUUAAAACAAAACUGAUGCUUUGAAGAGGCUUUUUCCCUUCGGUGGGUGCCGCGGGAGCUGCUGUGCAGGCUGUGUGCGGCACCACCGGGAGGCAGCACUGCCCAGGGCCGGAGCGGGACUGGGAUCAGGACCAGCUCUGCAGGCAGCUUUAGCCCCGAGAGGCGGCCGUGGGCUGCUCCCUUCCUAACACUCGGGAGUACUGCGGCAGAAGGAGCUCCCUAGCACCUCCCAAAGGACUUGCAUUUAAAGGAUCAAAGGUUUUUUGCCUGUUACUUUUGUAGGGUGUCUCAGAGACAAAAAAAAGUUCCACCAUCCCAAUCUGGGGAAAAAAGAGUCGACAGUCAGCAGUAACGUGACCCAUGUGACAAAUGUCAUGACUUUGUUUCACUUCCCCAUGAUUGCAGCGAAGGCAGCAGUUAGCCUCCUGCCCAUCUGCCCACCCAUCCUGUCCUCCCUCCCCACCAUCCAACUAUUAAGUUCUAUAGGAAACUUCUCUCUUGCUGCUGUUAUAAUAGGUCUGAACUUCAUCUGUCAUGUCCAAAUUCUGCUGUACCACAAUAAAUUGUUGUGGCAGGUCAUUAUAAGUCACAGGACCGACUGCUUAUCAAAGCCAGCACUGCAUUUCUCAGUUUCUCCAGUCUAUGAAUUUUAGCAGCUUCUCUGCUGUAAUUUCUCACAUGCUCAUUCCAUCCUCAAAGCCAAUACAAAGUUAUAAAAUGGAGAGUUGAAAUAGAUGUAGGCUGCAUUCCUCAUCUGUAAUAGAUGAUGUAUAUUUUAUUUUAAUACUACAAUAUAACAAAAUUGACCUAGAGCAAACCGCUAGUCUCCAUUAUAAAGGAACAAAUUGUGUACCUACGAUACAUAAAAUCUCCAAGAUUGAGACAGAUACUAAUUAGACAUCUAAAUUAGAUGAUUAACCUGAGUUAAUCUUCAAAGGCUUUCCUUGUGGUUAGUCAGCACAGGAAAAGUACAUGCACAAGGCAGUUGAUCUUAUUUUAACAUUGUCUAGAAUAUGUCACACAAUUGUCCUCUGAAGAUGCAUUUUCCUUUUCUGUGAAGGGAGAAUUUUUUUAUCUAUAUUGGGGCCUUUCUGUUUUGUUUUUUUUUAAUGUAGGAGCACAACUAUGCAAAAUACUCUUAAAAUUCAGAUAAAACCAUUUUUGAUAUUUCUGCUAGCCUUCAAUAGUAUGUAGUCUGUAUAUAGGAGCUCUUAGUUUUCUACAUAGAGUAAUUUACACACAUUUAAUUUGUAAAUGUACACUUUGUAUGAGAUUUUAAUCUUACCUUGUAUUUAAUCAACCCUGUAAUGCUAAAAAUAAUAAGCUGUUUGGAGAAAUAAGAUAGUUACUUAUUUAUAUAUCUUUCUGGUACCUCUUAUGAAAUGAGCCUAUUAUUUCAACUGUUAUCUUUUGGUACUUCUACAAAAGCAAACAUGAUAAAUUAUGAUUUACUGGGCAAUUUGCACAGAAUUACCUGACACUUUAAAUACAAUUGAUACAGAAUGUUAGUGCCACUGCGUAUAACUACAACUGUUGGAACACUGCAGA